AUGAAUGCAUAUGAGUUGCUUGGUAUGCGGGAGUUUGUAAUAAUUAAGGGAAAACUUAUUCGUGAAGUUUUACCUUCUAUAAUCAUGUUGAUCUCAAGGCUAGGAUUGUUUGAUAGCAAGCAAUACAAUACAGACCGGUUGAGAAAUGCUAGAGUUGUUAAAUCAUGCCAGCUCAUAUAUGGAAAGCUAACAGUGAAAGAAAGGUUGUCAAAUAGGCGAUGUAUUCUCUUUGCUUCAACUGACGAUCAGCUAUCAUACAGUGAGCUCGAACCAGAUGACUUCGAGCAGGAAAUUCAAGUCCCACUUGCUGAAGAUGCCUCCCCCACAAACUGUUCAUACUUCCAUAUUGAAGGAUCUGAAGGAAAACCUGGCUUUGUUUCGUUUUACAAUCGUCCUCGCCGAAGAGAAAACGAAAUCUUGGUGUCUACCGCUGGGGAAAAUCACAGUAGUCUAUUGUGGUUUAUCGGUCCCACUGUCCUUGUAGCCUCUUUCAUCUUUCCUUCACUUUAUUUGCGCAAGAUACUCGCCACUAUAUUUGAGGACUCUCUAUUAACAGACUUCCUAAUAUUAUUCUUCACGGAGGCACUAUUUUACUGUGGAGUUGCUGUAUUUCUUCUCCUAAUAGACCAUUUGAGGAGACCUAUUACGCUCAUAUCUGCAGCAACUAACAUGGACCUUAAACCGCAUCUGGGACACAGAAUAUCUUCUGUUGCUGUCUUGGUUCUUAGUCUUACAAUUCCAAUGGUGACUAUGGGUUUUGUUUGGCCGUGGACUGGCCCUGCAGCUUCUGCUACUCUAGCUCCCUACCUUGUUGGUCUUGUUGUCCAGUUUGCAUUCGAGCAAUAUGCAAGACACAUUAUGUCUCCUUCAUGGCCUGCCAUUCCCAUUAUCUUUCAGGUUUAUAGAUUACACCAGCUGAAUAGGGCAGCACAACUGGUGACGGCUCUCUCUUUCACUGUGAGAGGAGCUGAGAUGACGUCACACAACCUGAAAAAAAAAAAAAAAAAAAAAAACACACUGAAGUUCAAUUGA